UGUUGAUUUUUACACAGCGGACAGCGUGUUUGGAACGAAUUUCAAGAUGUCGAAGAGAAAAGUUCGUUUCACUGAAGAAGACGAGAAUUUGAGGGAAGAGCAAGAGUCGUCGAGGCGUUUUAAAGUUAAGCAUUCCCUAGAUAGCGACGAAGAAGAAGAGGYCGACAAGGAAGAUAGUAAAGCGUAUAAUAUUCUUACAGAAGAUGAUGUUGAAGGUCAAGAAGAGGAUACGAUCGAUCACGAUGGAGAAAUUAAAAUCACACCUUUUAACCUUAGAGAAGAGAUGGAAGAUGGUUAUUUUGAUUCUGAAGGGAACUACUUUGAACGGAAAGACAAGGAGAUCCGUGAUGACUGGCUAGACUCCGUGGACUGGGUUAAAGUAAAAGAGCUCCAAAAGGGCAAAGAUGACAGCAUGGGAGAGUCGUCAGACCAGUUCGAAGACGCAAAUGAAAUAAAUACUUCAGAGUAUUUGGAGCAAAUCGUAGCUUUACUAAAGCCUCGGGAAACCAUUCUAUCUGCUCUAAGGCGACUCGGUGGGAAGCCUUCAUCAGCUAGUGACAGAUUAAAAGCUAAGAAAAAGAAAACCGAUGAUAAUGAUGAGCAAAWCAUCGAAAAAAAUAAAGAAAACUUGUUAAAGUUGACUGAACUUGCUGACGGACUGUUGAAUUCAGGAGAAUUUGACAUUUACCAAGCAACAUAUGAGAAACUUCAGUACAGACUGAAAGCAUUAGCAGASCAGCCUGUUGAUGAUGAUGAUGCUUUAGAAGCGGCAUACAAUUCCAAAYGUGAUGCUGAAGAGAAAAAAUCAGCAACCGCCAGCACAGCUAUUGAUAGUGAAGUGUACUGGCAGUACAAGUGGGAUAAUGAAAAAAAUUCUGAAUUGUAUGGACCAUUUUCAUCCUCAGAAAUGCUUGACUGGACAAAUCAGGGAUAUUUCAAAGAUGGUGUGCUUGUCCGUAAACUUGUCAAUAAGUGCACUGAAGGAGAAGGACAGUUUUAUAACUCCAAAAGAAUAGAUUUUGAGCUUUAUACUUGAAACUYGCUGGCAUUGUACUAUAUAAUACUACAAACUACAUGCUAAAUUAACUACAAAUAUCUUUGUAUUAUUACUCCCUAACUCUAACUCACUGCUGUAAAGUAUAACAGUCCUUUUUCUGAUAUAAUCUCUAUAAUAAGUUAUGACAGGGUGGAAAAGUGCCAUUUUUAAGGAAAAUUAGAGUGAAUGCAAUUAAUCAGUUAAAAAGUGUACUUACAAAUUUAUUAAAUAGACCUUUUUACUAAUACGACUGCCAUCUUGAAUUUUAAAGAAAUUAUGGGGUGUUCAGGGGGYAAAGCACACAUUYUCAUGCUGGUAGGAUAGAAUAGRAUUGAAAUAUUUUUUUCACUAAUAAUUUUGUGCUUCAAAACUUAAAUUCUUCUAAACAUUUUAAAUGUAUUGUUUAUCACAUUUGAAGAUAUGAUAUGAACCUCAGAAUUUUAAAAAGCCCUAGAUUCUAUGAAUAGUUUCUUACUGAAUCAACACUUAAAGCAAUAAAAUUCAAGAUGGUGGCCGUAUUACUAAAAAGGUCUAUUUUGUACAUCUUAGUUAAGGUAUUUAGAAAGAACAAGGGAUGGACAAGGAUGCUUUGCUUUAGUUGCAGAAUAGAGUAUUUGRUGUU